GCUAAACAGAUCCGUGAUAUUUAAAACUGCAUUUACUGCAGACGUCUUUGAACAAUUGAUAAAUAAACUUGUUUAAUUGAACCUCAAACAAUUGAAAAGGAAAACAGAUAACGAAAAUGAAAUUUGUCAUCACAUCUUUUGUUAUAUUGCUUGUUACCGUAACAGUAACUGCAAAACCUGUUAUAAUAGACAAUGGAGGACUUACUGCCUCAGACAGUUCUAACAGCGAUGAUUUAGAAGAUUUAAGUGAUUCAACUGAGUUAGAUAAUCGAAAGAAAAGAGCUGUAAAUAACGAUACCGAUGAUAUCAAGGAUGAUGAUGAGGUAACUGAGGACGAAAAAGCCGACGCUUAUAAAAUCGGCGACAAGGUUGAUGAUACAGAGGUUGUUGGGAAAGAUGCAGACAAUAAUGUUGACGACAGUGUAAAUGGCGAGAACGAUAAAAGUGACAACGCCGCCGAUGACAACGAAGGGGACGACGAUGUAGAUGGAGAUGAUGUAGAUCAAAAUAAAGGGGACGACGGUGCUGAUGGUGAUAAAGAUGCGAUCGAUGGCGAUGAAGGUAACGACGAUGUCGUUGACGAUAAAGUUGACGACGAUGGUGAUGCAGAUGAGAUCGAUGGCAAUGAAGGUGACAACGACGUCGAUAAUGAUGAAGAUGAGAUCGACGGGAAUGGAGGGGGCGACGACUUAUUUGGCAAUGAAGGAGACGACGACAUAGAAGGAGAUGAAGGCGACGACGAUGGUAAUGAUGGUCAUUUUAGCGACGAGGACAUUUCAGACUUAAGUGAUAUAGGUAUACAUGAUUUCGGAGACGACGGUGAUAAAAUUAUCGAUCAAGAUUUUUCGGAUUUUAUUGACAGUGAUUUAUCUGAUAUUGGCAACGACGUAGAUGAUGAAAUUGGUGAUAAUGAUACAUUGAUCUAGAUGCAUUUAGUGAUAUUGAUAAAAUUAACAUCAACGAUUUGAGUGAAGAUGAUGAGAACUAUGUUAAAGAACUUUUUUUGUACAUUUAUAAUAUUUAAUUAACCAUCAGAGAACAAUUAUUUGUUCAUUUGUGUUAAGUUCUUGAAAGUGUUUUUCGAUUUAAAAAAAUCUGUAUUUCUGUUUGUGUUUGCUUAAUUUUCUUUUUUUUAAGCAUUCAUAUGCAAACAAAAUUGAUUUCUUGCAUUUAUAAUGUAGAAUGCUGACGAAUUUAUCGUUAUUUAUCUGAAUUAAAUCCCAGAAUAUAUGUUAUAAUGCUGUCUGAUAUGUUUUAAAGUGUCUCAUAAGUCUAUUCUAAGGCUGGAUAUUUGAUCUAUGUUUGUAUUAUGAACUGUUGUAUAUAUAUAUUGUCUGAUCAAAUAUGUGACACAAUAAUAAAAUAAUUAUUUAUUUUA